AUGGGAAACACCGAUAGUACUUUGAACUCAGGUCAUUCUGAGACUUCCCUUUAUGACGAUCGCGUUACUGCACAAGGGUAUCGCACGUUGCGACGCUCUCAGCUUAUCCGCAGAGCCCUGAUCCUUCGCCAAGUUUCUCAGGGGAGAGCGAACCCGUCAGAGGUCUGGUGCAACGACAAGAACUGUGACGAGGAGCUCGGAAUAUUUUCAAAUCCAGUCCUACAUUUGACCGACUUGCCAAAAAGCCGCGAGGGGCUUCCCGUGUCGGUGUACUCUAAAGACUUCGCCGAUGCGGUGAUCGUGAAAUUCUUCGACAUCCAGGACAUCAACGCAAAGGAACACAAAGUUCGAGGCCUCUUAUCCUUUAUAGAUUCACCACCCGUGCGAACUGCGUUUUGGCACUUCAUUGCAGAAUACAAUCAACGCAUGUACCGACUCUCUGAUGAGGACUUCCAUAAGGCUCUCGUGAAAGCUCAACCGGUCUUUCUGGACAUCAUGUUCGGCAUCAAAACAGCGGCAAGGGCUCAGCUGGCUCACAGCUAUAUCCGUCCCGAACCCGAGGUUAAAGACAAAUGGGAUCUUCAGCAGUUGAUUUUGCGUUUUCUUGUAUGCUCUGAAAUGUGGCGUCAGCAAAAGACUCCGCGCUCAGAGAAUUGGAAGAUUGGUUCUCGUGAAGGGGUGGGACAUUUCAUGACAGCCAUGCUGUUUCACUACAAAUUGAUGUGGCAACAGAACUGUUUCGAUACUGGUUUCAUACGUACAAACCACGUGUGGGAUCGUGUAUGGGAUCUUUGGUUACACAAGUAUCCUCUUGGGGACCCUGACGAAGUUAUCGAUGGUGAUGUCUUUCAGUUGCGGGAUCAUAUUGAGAAUACGGAGCAGGAGGUUCUCGACGACGUGGGAUAUCUGGGUGGCAUUGGACAAAACAACGAGACUUAUAACCCCGUACAGUGGUACCUGGGCAAGGGAGAGUAUUUGGUGAAGUGA